UGAGAGGCUCCAGAAUGGCGUCCGUACCUCCGGGGGUAAAGUGGAAGAGAGGAAGAUGGCGGACGUGACUAAGGACAAGGCCAUUAAGCUGACCGUCCGUGUUCUGGUGCCCGUUCGUGAUCACCCAAAGUUUAACUUCGUGGGUAAGCUGCUGGGGCCGAAGGGAAACUCCCUCAAGCGGCUACAGGAGGAGACCAUGACCAAGAUGGCCAUCCUGGGGCGAGGAUCUAUGAGAGACAAGCAGAAGGAGGAGGAGCUGCGUGUGUCAGGUGAUCCUAAGUUCACUCACCUUAGUGAGGACCUACACGUAGAAGUCACCGCUGUGGCACCUCCUGCAGAAGCCCAUGCCCGCAUUGCUUACGCCCUUACUGAGAUACGCCGAUACCUGGUGCCGGAUUACAAUGACGAGAUCCGCCAGGGCCAGAUGAGGGAGAUGCAGCUACUAGUGGGCCACAACUCCUCCUCCCUCGCCAACAACGGCACCUCCAACAACAACAACAAUAACGGUACCACCUGCGGCUCAGAGGAAGGAUCCUGCUCCCCCCAGUCCUCCGGGUCGCCCCCUCCUCCAGGCGUGGGAGUGGCCGGGGGGCGUGGUGGGGGUACAGUAAGGGCCUCGGGGCUCACUCUGGCAUCCCCUCACCCAGCCCUUCGGGGACUCAACAGGGCCCAGGCUGCCCUCCUGACGUGUGUCCCUCACUCUCCACCGUCUGGGCCUUCUUCAGGAAAGGGCGAGAUGGUGAAGGGUCGAGGCGGUACAGCAGCAGGAGGCGGUGGAGGAAGCAGGCGAUCCGUGCUCUCCCUACUGACGAGGGCGAGCCAAGAAGAGAAG